UACACGACUCAAGACGGAAAUGGUCUCGGAAUAUAGAGCCGUAUGGAAGGUCUCUUGGUUCACAGUUACAUUGAUAAUGUCAGUAGCAAAAUUGGCAGAGGCACAAAAUUACUCCUAUUGUAUCAACGGCGGGGUGAACCGCAUCACAAACUUCAAAGGUGACAUUUCAUCCAACAUGGAGGGACAAGCGUACUACCAGAGUGGCAUGGACUGCACGUGGGUACUGGACGCUGGAGAGGGAGGGCGCGUGCUGGUCACUGUACUCAGCUCCAGUUUACAGUGGACGCCGAACGACGCGACAUGCACCCAGUAUGAUCACAUGGAGGUUCGAAAUGGAGAUACGGCAAGUGGUGACGUAAUAGUCACGUGGUGUGGGGACCGGAGUCCGUCUACCUUCAUCAGUACGGGGCGCUAUCUAUACAUCAAAUUUAAAACUAAGUCACAGAAUAACACUGGUGUCCGUUUGAAAUAUGAAACUUUCGACGCCACAUUAUGUCCCCCCGGCUGGCGGGAGUACAGCAACCACUGCUACAAGGUUGAGACCCAUCCACUAUCAUGGGAAGAUGCCCACAGAUAUUGUGUGCGUGAUCAGUCCAACCUAGUCAGCAUCUCCAGCGAGGCGGAGCAGUCAUUUAUUACAGGCGAGUUUCCUAAUCUUAUUACUUAAAAGUGCAAAACAAACUCUUUUCUUUGACAGCCAUUCAUUAAGAAGAGAUUAUCAUAAUUUAUCAUUGAUAAUGAGCAACCAAAUGGCGAAAAUAGUGUGUCCUG